GAGGUGCUGCUUUCUGCAUCAUACCUCUCUGUCCUUCAUUUACAUUCCAGAUGCUGGCUCCUCUCUGGAGAGCCCCCUUCGCCGUUUGAAAUGCCAAUCACCCCUGGCUCUUCCUUUAUCCUCGAUCACACACACUUCCUCUGCGUUGAUGUGAGGGAGCUGGUAGCUCGGCACGUGCUGAGGAGAUUCCCUACUUUCAGUCUGAAUGCCAACUGAAGUUUCUGUGAAGAUAACAGACUGUGGAUUUCAUCCUCUUUGAGAUUUCCAGUAAUAGACUGAAUUUGACUUUGUUGUUUUGAGGAUUCUCCAGUGCUGAUGCUGUGCUUGUUCCAGGCUCCUGACUUAAAUUUGUUUAGGUGUGGCCAGGAUUUCUGUGAUCAGAGUGGCAAGGACUCAGCUUCCUCUCCUUUUUUCAGUGUGCACAUCCUGUGUCAGCAGCUGCCAGCCCUGUUCAGACACAGCUGUGGUUCUCCCCGGAAAGGUGGGGCACAGAUAGAGGAGGGGGUUUGUGGAUGUCCUGUACUGCUGGAGUUCGAUCUGGACUUUAUGCUUGACUCGCCUCCUGCCCACACAGCAGUCACAGCGAGUAUGAUUCAGUGUUUUACUCAGUAAGUGACUCUCUCCAGGAUACUGUCGCUGUCUCUGUGUGUAUGUGUUUGUGAAAGGAUUGCUGCGGACACGAAGCACUAGUGGCUCAUGUUGCUGCUAAUAUGGAAGGAACCUUGCAUGGACACAUACCUUGGGUCUAUCAGGGGCAGAUGUACUAUGGGAAGCCUUUGCUGAGCUAGGCCCCCAAGGAACUAGCACCCUAAUUGUGCGCCCAAGCGCACCCUGAACAAAAUGAAUGCAACUGAGCUGAACCAAAGCACAGAACCCUUCUGCCUGCUGGACAUUGGCUACUCUCAGAUCUUCGAGACCUGCCUGCUGGAAGUAGCUGUUAUUUUUUUCUUGACAGUGCUCAUCAUCUCUGGAAACCUUGUCGUUAUCUUUGUUUUCCACUGUGCCCCACUACUCAGCCAUCAUACCACCAGUUCCUUCAUACAGACAAUGGCAUACGCAGACUUCCUGGUUGGGGUCAGCUGUCUCAUCCCUUCCCUGUCUCUGCUGUACCACUGGGAGGGCUUGAACGAGGAACUCACCUGCAUGGUUUUUAGCUACAUGGUCUGCGUGUUGAAGAGCGUCUCCAUGGCCUCUCUGGCAUGCGUUAGUGUUGACCGUUAUGUUGCAAUCACCAGGCCUCUUUCCUAUGCAGCUCUGGUCACACCCUGCCGUCUUCGUACCUGCAUCGCCCUUAUUUGGCUAUACUCGGCACUCAUCUUUUUGCCCUCUUUUUUUGGUUGGGGCAAGCCAGGAUACCACGGUGAUGUGUUUAGGUGGUGUUCCUCUUGGGACACCCAGCCCCUCUUCACUGCCUUUAUUGUGGCAGCCCUCUAUGCACCAGCUGCUUUCACUGUUUGUUUCACCUAUGCCCAUAUCUUUCGCAUAUGUCGGCAGCACACACGGCAGAUCAGUGAGCGUAGAGCUCGCUUUGGCCCACAAGAGUCUGAACCAGGUGAGCCAGCCUGCACGGACAAACGUUACGCUACCGUGCUCUUCCGCAUCACCAGUGUGUUCUACCUGCUUUGGCUACCCUACAUCAUCUACUUUCUACUGGAGAGCGCAGGGAUAUACCGCCAUGCCAUCGCCUCAUUUCUGACCACAUGGCUGGCCAUUAGCAAUAGUUUUUGCAACUGCCUCAUCUACAGCCUGUCCAACAGCGCCUUCCGCAAAGGCCUCAAGCGCCUCUGCCUUCUAUGUCUGCAACGUACCAACACCAAGAAGCCCCUAGGAGAUCUCCCAUCCCCUCCCCAUCCUGCUUGCCAUGUAUAGCACCUUCUGUUGGCAAGGAGAGUCACUUUGGUGUUGAUGGCAAUUGUCUUGUCAAGCUAAAAGCUGAUGCUAAAAGAUUUGUAUCUGGGCAUCUAUGCACAGUUCAAGUUUGGUCCCUGUUAGGGUGUUUUGAACUAGGCAAGACCACAACGGUCUGUUUCUUUGUGUAGUUGCGAUUAUCUUGGAGGGAGAAGUUGACCCCUGACCCUGGUCAUUAGAAGUGAAGAGGAAUGUUAUGUGAGAGUGGGCUACUCUCAUUGGUGUUAGCUGAUAUACCAUUCUCAGCAGAUUUUGAUACAGUGAUAGUAAGAAAAGGAGUAAUGAGAAAAGGAGAAGAAUCAAAUUAUAUUAGAGAAUUAUGACUAUAUAGUUUAGAUUUCAGUGUCUGUAUGCAAAAAAGCUUACUUUUCAUUAGUGACAAAAAAACAAAACAAAACAAAAAAACAGUGCUGGGGAGUUGAUUUGUCUGCUUAAAAGACCACAGCUUAAAGGAGAAAGUUUAUGACUUUCAGCAGCCUUAGCUAGCUGAUCUGUAGACUUUGUGGUGACUUUGCCAGUCUUUGUGGACCAAUGACUUGUAGUUAUGUGGUCAGCACAGUGAGAACAUAUAGCCUCUGUUUAUACUGCUAACUGGCUCACAGCUGUUUAAAUGCAGGUACACAUUUAAAAUCUUAAAUACUACUUAAUAGGUGUUAUAAUGAUCUUUUAGACAGAGACUUCAAUAACUCUGCAAAGAUUAAAAGCAUUUCCAGGGUCUGACCUGGUUUCAGACUCUGUAAAUUAUUUUAUUUAUUUUUAUGCUUGCAAUACCAAAUUUAUUCUGCAAAAUUCAGAGGAUAACCUGAUCAUGACCCUACUCCUCAGUGGAAGGAUGUUUUUGCUAGAUUCGUAGUGCUUUUCGUCUCUGGACCAGCAAUGAGUUUUGACCUUCAGUAGUCGGAGUGGAAUUUUUCACAAGAGCUGUUCCCAAAAAGCAGAAUUCUACCCAAGCCCUUCAACAAUGCAGCAAUUACAUGGUCUUCUCAUUUGCUGAUUAUUUAAUGUCAUGGAGGGAUUGCAUAACCAAGCCUCUCAUAUAAGGACAUCAUCCCCAAAAGAUGCAUUAAUACAACUGCAAACAGACAGCCUGUUCUGCCUGACUCCUUUCUAACCCUUGAUUGUACUGGAGAUGAACUUUCUUCCCUUACCCCCAGCAUCAACUCUAUAGGCUCACCACCCUUCAAAUCCUUCUGAAAGAUUUAUUUAAUUACUUGGAGGAUCUGGUUUGACAAUUAAUUUCAAUUUGGUUGUAAUGCCUAUUGGACAUGUAAUGCCUGCUAGAAUGACUCUUUGACUUUUCCUCUACCGUGAGUUAUCCUGUGGAGCUCCAUUGCCAUACUUGAUUUGCUUUCACAGGUUGCAAAUUUUAGUGGUGGGGAUGAAUGGUUAAAGAGGGGAGGGGAACAUCUGUCCUAACGCAUUGCUCAAAGAACAUCACACUUAAUACAUUACUUCAUGUAGUUAGCACGACACACAUGACCAUAACAGCUGUUAAUUACAUUGGCGGGCAAUUAAGAUGAACGACACUGCAAUGGUAAAGGUGCUUAUGUGGACAAUAACCACAGAAAACUGUCCAACCCUGGGUGGAUUAGGGUAAUUAAUUACUAAAAUGCAGGUCAGUUUGAAAGCUACUGAAACGGUGAUGGCAGAACGCAGAGGUCAAAGUUUCUGGAGAGUCUUGCAUGUUUAUAGACAAUCUUUAAAGAAGUCUUUGCAAAAAAAUAGAACAAUGAACUACAUUUUAUUGCGCUGUAUUAUUUAUCUUUGUGACGCACUUAAGAAACCUCAUACGCCGAUUCUGUACAUAAUUCAUGUGUGGAGGUGCCAAGAAAACUGGGCAUUUAAAAUCAUGUUUUUUGUCCUUUGUCAUGCUAUGACUGUGAUCAUGAAUUCCCUCAUUUGGAUGGUACUGUUAAAAAUGGGUUCUUAUGCAGAUAGCCUGGUCUUCAUAGUUGACCAAAGUAAAAAAAUAUAUAUUUAUGGGCGUUCUCUGAUUAAAUAUUAUUUUUUAUUUUUUUAAUAAUAGAGGAUCCACAAAAUUGUUCAAGUAAUAAGAUUGAAAACACAUGUUGUUUAAUGGAGUGUUUGAUUAUUAGCAAAAUGUAAGAAGUUUUUUAUUAGAUAUAAACACCCAUUUUCUCUUUGUAUGUAAUUUAAGUGUAUUUCUGGGUAUGACUUUUACCUUCUCUUUAAUAGAAUGUUUUUCAUUGGAUAGGGUUAUGUAUUGUGGCAUAUCUUAAAGUCCAGUUUUUGGUAUGAAAUUUGGUAUAACCAAAAUUUAUUUUUGAUCAGAAAUUGAUUUAUUUUUUAUGCCACAUCUCUUCAGUUUAUGCAUGGAUUGUCUAUGGGCUUGCUUUCAUAAUUGUAUUACUGUGAUGUGACAAAGUGUAACUUAUGAAGUGUCAGGACAAGCCUUUCAUAGGUGAUGUGUUGGGUAAGAGUUAAAUAUAGUUGAGACUGCUUCUGAACUGCCAUGUCAUGGCAGGGUGCUGUGCAAUACUUUCUUUUUUUAGAGAAAACAUAUCACACAUAAUAGAAAAAGGGCUUUUAUUUUAUCCAAGUGUCCCAGAUGUGUGUUGAAAUGUAGAUCCUGAUCUGGUGGCCUCUGGCUAUGUGCUGUUUUUGAACCAGAGCUGAAAGAAUUUGUGUAUCACUGUCGAGCCAUUUACCCAUCCACCACUUUAUUGAUCGCACAUGACCACGAGUGUGCGUAUGUACUUUAAACCGAACAAAGGUGCAUGUCUAUUCUGAGAACUUGUUUUUAGCAUUCGUCUUGAUUGCUUUUUGGUCUCUGUAAUUCUCCUGGAGCAUCAGCAUUCAGAAUCCAUCUCAUCCAUGAAACAUUUUAUUCACCUAGAAAGGAUUGAGAUUAAAUUAAACACCCAAAAUGUUAUCACUUUUUUGGAGACCGGAUUAUCCGUACCAUUUGCUACUCCUUUUCUGAAGUUCCCACAGUCAUGAAAAACCUGAAAUUAUUAGGGAAUUUUAAAAUGUUGUGCUUUCCAAUCCUAGAAAAAUAAUGGCAAUUAAUAAAAUCUUAAAAAUCAUGAAAAUUCGAAUGUAAAUUUUUCUAGUGAUGUUUUUUGUAAGAUAUUUCAUUGGCUUGAUGAAAUAGUGAAAGUUAUGUCCGAUUUGUGAGCGUAAUGUUCUUUUAAAUCAGUUCUCUUCAAAAAAAUCAGUCAAACAGGUUCACAAAUUGGUCUGAAUUUGAUUGCUCUUAAAAAAAUCCUUAUCCAGUAGUCACAAAUGAUUGUAAAGGUCAUGGAAAAUUCAUGGAUAUUCGUUGGUCAAAAAGAGUGGGAACCCUGUAUCUGUUAAAAAAUAAAUUAAAAAAUGAAUAAAUAAAGUGAACAAU